AUGUCAAAGCCACAAUUUUCUGCAGUUUCUGUUGUACCCACAGCAUCUACUCUAGUCAUUAGAGCACUUAAAGAACCACCAAGAGAUUGUAAAAAAGAAAAAAAUGUCAAACAUGCUGGAACUGUAAAAGAGGUUUUGGGAAAAUGUUUUAGUGUUGGAUGCACUGUUGAUGGUCCUAGAGAUUUAUGUGCAUAA